GACCGGCCUCAAUCCUUCCCACUAGCCACGACUAAUGCCCAGUAGCCCCUGCAUAAGAGAUCCUCUCCCUGGCCGCCACGCGAGACACAAUGACAGGGAUUAUCCCUCCCAAGCUGGUUGACAAGCUUGAGUUUAGAAUGAUGACAGGUCAAAUCGAGGCAGAUAUCAGCUCGACGAUCCUGUUGGACGGAUGCAAGUUCCUCCGUGUGCCGAACGUUCAUGCGAUUUGCCUGUGGGAACCAGAGCAAGAGUCAGUAGCGUUUGGGAUGUGGCUUGCGACCGAGUCAGGUAUACUAAAGGGCCUAGAUGUCGCCAAGCAACAGCCACAUUCACACUUUUUUUUUUUUGCCUCUCUUCAUCUAUUAGCAAAUUUUUCACCCAUGCAAAGGAGAUAAGGAAUCACUCCAUGAAGGUAGAAAUCCGUUUUGUGUUUUUCCUGGCUUUUUCAUUGUUGCAUCCCCCGGCUACCUGCCUAAACCGCCUCCAAGAAAACCAAAUCACAAAAAAGGCCGAUCCCCAAGCCCUAGAAACCUUCUUAAUAUAGAACAUACAUACAAAAAACCGCGGCUAUCCGCAUAACUAGGUACAGAUAGAACAGGAUCAGAAUCCUUCUAGAUGUCUAUCAGCUCGUAUCCAGGGCCC